AUGACGGUCAAUCACCCUCGGUCUGGGGCUCCAGGAGGUCUGUGUGUAGGUCAGAAUGUGUUACCGCCAGGACCAUUGACUGGAGCCAUAGGAGGGAGAGUGAAGUUCACCACAACCCUCAGUCCACCAGCCAAACCUUUUAUCUCAGUGAGCUGGACCUUCAACAGGGUCAACAUCAUCACCUCUACUACGGUCAACAUUACUAAUGCUGACCACAAAGACCGGAUCAGUCUGGACAGAACCACUGGCUCUCUGGAGCUGUGGAACCUGGGCCUGAGGGACCAAGGGGAAUACAGAGUCAGCAUCAUACCAGACGGGGCUCUGGAGUUACAAGGAGCUAUCACUCUGGAUGUCUAUGUGUUGCUAUCUGCUGCCACCAUCAAUAGCUCCCCAGCCACCCUGAUAGCUGGCAUAAGCUCCACCAACCUGACCUGUGAGGCUGCUGGCAACAUCAGCUGCAUACAGUGGAUCAAAGAUGGCCUCCCUCUGUGUCCCAGCAACAAUAUCAUCUUCUCUGCAGACAACAGGACAGUCUAUCUCAGUCCUGUUCAGGACAUUGACAACGGAGAAUAUGAGUGUUUAGUCAGCAACCCUGUCAGCAACCGGACAGCAUCCCACAACCUGACCGUCAACUUUGGACCCCAGAACAUUUCAGUAUAUGGACCAAUAGCAGCACCAACAGGAUACAGGGUAACUCUGAGCUGUUCGGCUGACUCUAUCCCUCCUGCUACAUUCACCUGGAUGUUCAACAGGACAGAGACAGGUGUUAACAACACACUGUACGUCAUAGAGAGGAUGGAGGCGCUACAUAUUGGGAACUACACCUGCACUGCCACCAAUAACAUCACCGGACUGAAAGACUCUGUGGUCCACAAGCUGAGGGGUUAGUUACAGCUUGAUGUUGCAGUUAGGAUUCAUGGAAAAAUGAAGUGUAUCCAAGAUUAAGUACACAACACAUAUAAGUUAACAAAAUAAGUGUAUUGUGUAAAGUAAGACAGCUAGAACUUUGUGACUUGGCAUUGUACCUUUACUUUGUAUUCUAUAAUCUGAGCCUGGAUAAUAAGUUGCAAACCUGAUAUUUCAGUCAAUCUAAUUUGUGUAAAUACAAAGGGUUUAUUCGUGCCUUACACUCCUCUGUAAUUUCAUUGGAAUUGAUGGAUAAGGUUUAUCCCUGAGAUCACUGCACUGACCUGACGUAGCUUCAUACCAGAGCAGGUGAUAUGACUUGUUCCCCUCUACAGGCUCCUCUGCUGCCCCCAUUUGGUCGUUUGCUUUGAUGGUGACCAGUGUCCUGGCAGCGGGACUGCUGCAACUGUAGA